AUGACCACACUCCAACGCCCGGGAUGGACUCCCAUGGCCCAAAUCCCACCAGACCAGACGAAUCGAGGGGGAGACGGUUGGAGAGGGCUUGACUGGUGGGACUCGCCGACGAGGGUCGCCGACACCCCGGUCUGGUUACGGGUGGGUGUCCUGCCCUCCAACGAGGGUGUCAACUUGCAGAUGGCUAUGGAUGGUGGCAUGCGUCUCGCCACGGGAUGCUUCAAGUUCAUGGAUGCCAUCCAUAGGAGAAUGUUUCUUCUUCAACCUUCGUCUACAUUUGCUACAGCCUUUGGCGCACCAAGUCUCCGACAACCGUCACUUGGCAGUACACUUACACCAUCACAGCUAGAACAGCAGCCACCGUCAGAGAUCGCUCCGUCUGGUAACGCAGCAACAGCAAGUUCGGGAGGCACCCGGUGA